AUGUCAGAGAAGAGGAAAGGCGGGGAAGAAAGAGCAUCUUCAAGCGACAGUGCCUCCGCGCGAGUUCCCCCUCCAGCAGAUGCAGCACCUCUGAAACCGGCCCUGAGACGGGGCUCCCCCGAAGCUGCCUCCCCGGACUCCGGAGCCGCCACUCCCCGGCAGGGAAAGGAGUCCUCUCAGUCCACUGGCCGCAAAGGCAAGAAGAGUGCUGAGAAUGCCAUGACAAAGAGGUACACGCCCCUCCUCAACAACCUCUUUGGACAGGAGAGAGAAUUGUCAAUAGUGGAGCUGGAUGAGCUGAAUGAGGCCUUCAAGGAGUUUGACUAUGACCAGGAUGGCUACCUGAACUACAAGGACGUGGCUGAAUGCAUGAGGACCAUGGGCUACAUGCCAACGGAGAUGGAACUGAUCGAAAUCAUUCAGCAGAUAAAGAUGAAGUUCGGGGGCCUGAUUGACUUUGAUGACUUCUGCGACCUAAUGGGACCCAGGAUGACGGAGGAGACAGCCCACAUGGUUGGAGUGAGAGAGCUGCAGUGUGCCUUCAAACAGUUUGACUGUGAUGGGGAUGGACAGAUCACCAUGGAGGAGCUGAAGGAGGCGAUGAAGACUCUCCUGGGAGAGAAGCUGAAGAAGGGAGAGCUGGAGGAGAUCCUCAAAGAACUUGACCUCAAUGGAGAUGGAAACGUGGACUUUGAUGAGUUUGUCAUGAUGCUGUCAUCUCGGUAG